GAAAGGGAUCGAUCUGGAGAAGAAAGUGUGUGUUGGGAGCCACCAAAGGUCAAAAGCCCCUCUCAGAGAUUACCGAUAUGUUUGGAUCAAGGUUUCUGACCAUCGGGCCUAAUCCUGCCUUUUUCCAAAGGCUGCGAUCAUGGUUCCGACAGACCUGGAUUCUGGACAUGGGAGUCUCAGAGAUCCUUGGUCCGGUCCCAGUGAUAGCAAAGGAAGCAGAGGCCAAGCUCAUCACCACACCGACGCCCUUCAGCGUGUCAGCCAGCCGCGCGCCGGCUCUCUCCACCAUCUCGCCGUCUUCACCGGCUUGGAUGGAACUCAGACCUAUUCAAGGGCUACGGCGGCAGCUGCGCAGGAGGAAGGGCUGGAGCGACCUCAGGAAAACACAUCAACUUCAGGCACGAGAGGAGAGCGUGGGACUUCUGACCGCCGCAUAACUUUCAUAAUAUCUAGGGGAUGAGGAAUCAGGUGCUGAUUAUAGGGGGCUAUUGGAUUGCAUAUGGAGGGCCACCUGGUUGCAGGUUGGCCUCACGAAGUCUCAUCUUGCAUUUGUUUUUGUGUUUUUCUUUCAUUUUCUAUGUCAUUUGGAUGCUAUGGCGUUACGGGCUUCGGCGGAGGGUGCGGGUCUGCACACACUGGAGGGGCAUCGACAAGAUCCCAGCAAAUGCUCGUGACUCGGAAGGAGAUUUUGAGGCAAUUGUCUCACCAGCCAGGGAAUUUUGAACUGGCCGUUCAACAAGAUACCACAUACCAACACACUCAUUAGAAGACCAUUAUACCAUCCUAAUGGGAAUGAUGAAUUCAGAGC